AUGGCCAUCCCACGCUCACUGCGCAGAACGAACCCUAUUACCCUCAUUCUAGCUGGUCUACUCACGGUUGGGUUCCUUUUCUUUAUCUUCUCUCCUUCGACUUCUGCCACUGCGUCCACUUUCCAAGAACGGAAAAACUAUGCGGCUGCGAGCGUUCUCUCUCCUCCUUCCAAACCCUUCUUCAAGGAAUCCCCGAUGAAAUCGAAUGGCCGUCCUGCGCCGCCCCCAGUCGUCCGAUAUAAUAUGAAUAACAACACUGCGACAACAGACUCGAUCAAAAACCAUGAGCGUGUGCUCAUUCUUACGCCGCUAGCUAGAUUCUACACAGAAUACUGGGACAAUUUGGUGAAGCUCUCAUUCCCACAUCAAUACAUCUCUCUGGGAUUUAUUAUCCCGAAAACGCGGGAUGGGAAUGCUGCGGUAUCAGCAUUGCAGGCUGCUAUUAAAAAGACCCAGUCAGGGCCGGUUGAUGAUAGAUUUGCUAGCAUUACUAUCCUACGGCAAGAUUUCGACCCCCCAAUUCCAUCCCAGGCUGAAAAGGAACGACACAAAAUGGAAAAUCAAAAGCAACGACGGGAAUCUAUGAGUCGGGCGCGGAACAGCCUUCUCUUUACGACAUUGGGGCCGUCGACAUCCUGGGUCCUUUGGCUCGACGCCGAUAUUAUCGAGACCCCUGCGAGCCUGAUUCAAGAUCUGACAAAACACAACAAGCCCAUCAUCGUACCGAACUGCUAUCAACGUUUCCAAAAUCCAGACACAAAACAGAUGGAAAUACGGCCAUACGAUUACAAUUCAUGGGUAGACAGUUUGCAGGCACAGGAACUCGCCAAGGGUAUGGGCCCGGAUGAAAUUCUGCUGGAGGGAUAUGCAGAAAUGCCAACCUACAGAACACUGAUGGCGCACAUGGCCGACCUCUCUCCAAACCGGAAUACCGAUGUAAUAAUGUCACUUGACGGAGUCGGGGGAACAGCUCUGAUGGUAAAGGCGGACGUUCAUCGCGAUGGCGCAAUGUUCCCUGCCUUCCCUUUCUACCAUCUAGUAGAAACGGAGGGUUUUGCAAAGAUGGCGCGAAGACUCGGGUGGAAGUGCUUUGGAUUGCCUAAUUAUUUUGUGUAUCAUUAUGACGAGUAA